ACAACUACUCCAACCACAACAACUGCUCCAACCACAACUACAACUACUACUGCUCCAACCACAACUACUACUGCACCAACCACUACAACUACUUCUUCAACCACAACAACUGCUGCUCCAACUACAACUACUGCCCCAACCACAACUACUACUGCUCCAACCACAACUACUCUUGCACCAACCACUACAACGCCUGCACCAACAACUACAACUGCUCCAACCACAACUACAACUACUCCAACCACUACAACUGCUCCAACCACAACUACAACUACUACUGCUCCAACCACAACUACUACUGCACCAACCACUACAACAACUACUCCAACCACAACUACUGCCCCAACCACAACAACUGCUGCUCCAACUACAACUACUGCCACAACCACAACUACAACCACAACUACUACUGCUCCAACUACAACGACUACUGCUCCAACCACUACAACUACUGCCCCAACCACAACA